AUGGGUAAGGAAAAGACUCACAUCAACCUUGUGGUCAUUGGCCACGUCGAUAGUGGCAAGUCCACCACUACCGGGCACUUGAUUUACAAGCUCGGUGGUAUCGACAAGAGAACGAUCGAGAAGUUCGAGAAGGAAUCCUCCGAAAUGGGCAAGGGUUCUUUCAAGUAUGCGUGGGUUUUGGAUAAGCUGAAGGCAGAGCGUGAGCGUGGUAUCACCAUCGAUAUUGCCCUGUGGCAAUUCGAAACCCCAAAGUACCACUACACUGUCAUCGACGCCCCUGGACAUCGUGACUUCAUCAAGAACAUGAUUACCGGGACGUCCCAGGCAGACGUUGCGCUCCUUGUUGUCCCUGCUGAGGCAGGUGGUUUCGAGGGUGCUUUCUCCAAGGAAGGUCAAACUCGUGAGCACGCUCUGCUCGCCUUCACCCUCGGUGUGAAGCAGAUGAUUGUUGGCAUCAACAAGAUGGACUCUUGCAACUACUCUGAGGACCGCUUCAACGAAAUCCAGAAGGAAGUUGCCAUGUACCUGAAGAAGGUCGGCUACAACCCGGAGAAGGUCCCCUUCGUCGCCAUCUCUGGUUUCGUUGGUGACAACAUGGUGGAGAAGUCGACCAACAUGUCGUGGUACAAGGGCAAGACUCUUGUCGAGGCUCUGGACAUGAUGGAGGCGCCCAAGCGCCCGAGCGACAAGCCUCUCCGUUUGCCCCUCCAGGACGUCUACAAGAUUGGCGGUAUCGGUACUGUGCCCGUCGGCAGAGUCGAGACCGGUAUUCUGAAGGCUGGUAUGGUCCUCACCUUCGCUCCGGUCGGUCUGACCACUGAGUGCAAAUCCGUUGAAAUGCACCACGAAGUUCUGGAGCAGGCCGUGCCCGGUGACAACGUUGGUUUCAACGUGAAGAACGUCUCCGUCAAGGAACUGAAGAGAGGAUACGUCGCCUCCGACUCGAAGAACGACCCCGCGAAGGGCUGCGCCACCUUCUUGGCUCAGGUCAUUGUGCUGAACCACCCUGGUGAGAUCAAGAACGGUUACUCCCCCGUUAUCGAUUGCCACACUGCCCACAUUGCCUGCAAGUUCGCUGAGAUCAAGACCAAGAUGGACAAGCGUUCCGGGAAGACCCUGGAAGAGUCCCCGAAGUGCAUCAAGUCCGGUGAUGCGGCCAUGGUCAACAUGGAGCCCUCCAAGCCCAUGGUCGUCGAGGCCUUCACUGACUACCCUCCUCUUGGCCGUUUCGCUGUUCGUGACAUGAAGCAGACCGUCGCCGUCGGCGUCAUCAAGUCCGUCGAGAAGAAGGAGCCUGGUGCUGGCAGCAAGGUCACCAAGUCCGCAGUGAAGGCUUCCAAGAAAUAA